CUCCUUCCCUUCCCGUUCGCGUCUAGACAGCAAGAGGAACCGCAGAAGAGACCGGGAACACACACACGGUGAGACGGACACGGUAACGAACUGGGCAGAAUUUCCUUAGCUGAAUGGCUGUUUUUAAAACUUACCUUGAAAGAUUAAAAGGAUGAAAGGAUGGUCAUUUUAUUUUCCCGAGCUCGCUGUAACCACGAGAGGGGUCUGUGGUGGCCGGAGAAAGUUUGGGCACUGAAGAGUACAGGGCAGCAGAGAACCGGACACCAGGAGUCACAACACCGGCGCAUGGAGCUGCCCACGGCGCCCUGAAACACAUCCGCUUCCUGGAGAAGAAUCAGCCCGAGUGGACAUGCACAGAGCCUGGAUGUUGCUGCUCCUGUUUAAGGAGGGCUUCGCUCUGGCUCAGAAAACCAAAGAGCCCCAGAGUGCGGUCCAGUUGCCCCCUAAGUCAGGUCGGCAGAAGCCUGAUAACUGUGGCACGUGGGUGCGCAACCUCAACGGGGGCGAGUUCACCUCCCCCAACUACCCCAACUCCUACCCCCCCAACAAAGAGUGUGUCUUCAUCUUAGAGGCUUUCCCUCGUAAGAGGAUCCAAUUGGAGUUUGAUGACCUCUAUUACAUUGAGACGUCGUUUGAGUGUCGCUUUGACAACAUCGAGGUCCGUGACGGUCCCUUUGGCUUCUCGCCGCUGAUUGACCGCUUCUGCGGGUCGCGCAGUCCUGGCUUGGUCACUUCCACUGGACGCUUCAUGUGGAUCAAGUUCAGCAGCGACGAGGAGCUGGAGGGGCUGGGCUUCAAGGUGCGCUACACCUUCCCCACGGACCCAGAGUUUCACCUGCACGUGGGGGGGCUCCUCAACCCCAUACCAGAUUGCCAGUUUGAUCUGACAGGGCCAGACGGCACCAUCCGUUCCAGUCAGGUGGAUGAGGAGGGGAAGGUGAAGCCUGAGGAGGCUGUAGACUGCAUCUGGACCAUCAGAGCACCGCCCAGAUCUAAGGUGUACCUGCGUUUCCUGGAGUAUCAGAUGGAGAACUCUAACGAGUGCAAGAAGAACUUUGUGGCGGUGUAUGACGGCAGCAGUGCCAUCGAGGACCUGAAGGCCAAGUUCUGCAGCACGGUGGCCACCGACAUCAUGCUGGACAACGAGGUGGGCGUCGUCCGCAUGUGGGCUGACGAGACCAGCCGCCUAAGCCGCUUCCGCAUGCUCUUCACCACCUUUGCCGACCCUCCGUGCGGUCCCAACACAUUCUUCUGCCAUAGCAACAUGUGCAUCAACAACUCCCUGGUGUGUAACGGCGUGCAGAAUUGUGUGUUCCCCUGGGAUGAGAGCAACUGCAAGGAAAAGAAGUCUAAGGGCUUCUUUGCGCAGAUGAGCCGGACCCACAGCAUGGUGAUUGCUGGGAGCUCAGGCCUGGUGAUGCUGCUGCUGAUUGCGUCCAUCCUGGUCCAGGUGCGCCAGCCACGCAAGAAGGUUCUGGCCCGCCGCUACAGCCGCGCGGAACUGCACGAGGCCCUGGAGCUGGAGCCACCACACUACGAACUGUUCUCUCUGCAGCAGGAGCGGCGUCUGUCCUCUGCGGAGAUGGGCGACCUGUCCCAGGAGCUGGACAGCUUCCAGAAGCUGCGGCGUGCGUCCAGCGCAUCCCGCUGCGUCCACGAGCACCACUGCGGCGCCAACGCGCCCCCCGCUGCCCCCGCUGCCCGGCGGCCUGCCCCCUGGCCUGGGCCCUCGUCUGUCCCAGGGCUCUCUGGAGCUGGCGCAGGUGCAGGCGCUGAGCCGUGGCGCGGGGUUGCGGGGGUUCGGCAGCUGGCACGGGCCCUGCCGGGCAGUCGCCGGGGGUAUCGGUCACUCCCACUCUGCACACGCCGCACACAUGCACAGCACGCACAGCCUGGACGAGGACCCUGGCGAGGAGGAGGAGGAGGAGGAGGAGGAGGGACUGGAUGUGGCGGAGGACGAAGGCUAUGCACGCGAGAUGGACGGCACCAGCAGCCUGGAGCAGAGGGUCAUGGAGGAGAUCGGCUGCCAGGCCUUCGGCUGCAGCCAUAACCAUGGCAACACCGUACAACAGAGAUCCCUCUCCAUGGACUUCUGAUGUGGAGUUGGUCUCCCGAGGCAACCGUGUCCAGCUUCACUGACAAGAGGAUGACACAAUAACAUUCCAUAGAUAGUCCUCAUAUCAUGUUAAACCUGUUUACCUGUGCUUAGUAGAGGAGAGGAGGGGAGUGGAGAGGAGAGGAGAGGAGAGGAGAGAUGAGGGAACAGGUUUAUGAGCUAAUGUCUGGAGCAGUCUUCAUCAGAACGAGUCUUCAUCAUCUUCAUCCGCUGGAAUCUUCAUCAGAAUGAGUCUUUUGGAGGAAAAUGAAAUAGUUUAGUUUUUUAGUUUUUCCCGUCUGUUUCCCCUCUGUUUGUGUAAUUUUCAGUUCGACCCUUUGAGACAUUGCACAACACACACACACACACACACACACACACACACACACACACACACACAGACUUUAACCAUUUAUAUUUGUCCACAUGGAAGAUAAUGGUGCAAGGACACAAAUAUUAAGGAUGCAAUAGAAUACAUACACAAACUUAUGGACCACUCACUCACACACACACACACACACACACACACACACACACACACACACAAACACACAUACACACACAUGAAAACACUUGAGGAGUGUUAUGAUAAGUGUCAUUGGAAUGGCAGGCACAAUGUUUGGACAGUCAUAUCUGUCAGAGAGGAGGCACAUGACCACCAUGAUUACUACUCCGCUCUGGCCAGCUGCUGUGUCAUCAUGAUGUUGAUGGUUAUGUUGAUAGUGAUGAUGAUGAUGAUGAUGGUAUUGAUGAUAAUGAUCAUGAUUAUAUUGAU